UGAAUCCGUGCAUGGACCACGGCUGAUGCCUUCUGUGAGCCCAGCACGGCAUUUUCGGCGAUUCCGUGAUGCCACCACAGAUUCAGGGUUAAUUAAGUCCGUGAACAUUACACUGAAUUCUGUGAGAUCAGGUUGUACAAGCACAUAUGUGAAAAAGUAGACUGCUUGUUAUUCAUUUUAAGGCAAAACAGGUGGAACACUUCGCGCAGCAUGUAUUUCAUACUUUUGUGUGGCCAAUGUGACAUCACUAACAGAAAAGGUUUAAAAGCGGACAAGUGUUCGGCAGCUCACCCGAGUCAACAUGUUCGCCCUCAUCCUAGCAUCAGUGCUCAUUGCUAGCGCCUUUGGGUGUGGAAAACCUCCCAUUGAACCUCUCAGCUCUCGUGUGGUCAAUGGAGAGGAAGCCAGGUCCCACAGCUGGCCCUGGCAGAUCUCUCUGCAGUAUCAGAGCGAUAGCUCAUGGCGUCACACUUGUGGAGGAUCUAUCAUUGCUGAAAACUGGGUGAUGACUGCUGCUCACUGCAUCAGUUCUGAGCGCAACUACAGGGUGUAUGUUGGUAAGCAUGACCUGUCAGCAAACGAGGACGGCGCAAAGGCCAUCAGUGCACAGAAGAUCAUUGUGCACGAGAAAUGGAACUCCUUGUUUGUGUCUCUUGGAAACGACAUUGCCCUGAUCAAGUUGUCCGAGCCUGUGACACUGAGUGAUACUGUUCAGCUGGGCUGCGUUCCUCCUGCUGGCUCCGUCCUCGAAAACAACUACCCCUGCUAUAUUACAGGCUGGGGGAGACUCUCCACUGGAGGCCCUCUUCCUGACAAACUGCAGCAAGCACUGAUGCCCGCUGUGGAUCACGCCACCUGCUCCAGGUUUGACUGGUGGGGUUCCAGUGUCAAAGAAACCAUGGUCUGCGCUGGUGGAGACGGCGUUGUUGCUGGCUGCAAUGGUGACUCUGGCGGUCCCCUGAACUGCAAGAACUCUGCCGGUGUCUGGGAGGUGCACGGUAUUGCCAGCUUCGUUUCGGGUAUGGGCUGUAACACUGUGAAGAAGCCUACUGUUUUCACCCGUGUGUCCGCUUUCAAUGACUGGAUCGACAAGGUCAUGAUGAACAAUUAAGAUGAACCAAGGAAAAAGUAAAUAAAUACAUACUGGCUCAACAAGGAA